UGCGACACGCUAAAGAAGAAGUUUUGAAAUUGCUCAAAGUUGACACGAGACGAGUAAAAGUCAAAUGGGCAUAACUUUACAACUUUAGUUAGCUUUAGCUAGCUCUCGUUAGCCAAGAGUGCUGCUAAGCCGGUGCGUUUAAGUGCAGCUGGGAUAUUUGACACGCGGGACUGUAAUGUUACUGCUGACACGCGGGACAAGCAGCUGAUGUUACUGCCGACACGCGGGAAAGAGUCCAUUGGGACCACCGUCCCUGGCCUGCCUGUCAGGGUGGAAACUAACGGGAGUAGUCCGAAGAAGAAGCCGCUGGCCGGCCUUCAAAUGGCGGCUCGGGGUUAUGAGCCCAACGCGGCAAAGUGACGCCAUAAACACAACAGCUCGGUGGAAAUAACAACAAUGAGCGGGGGCGCGCAUCACAUCUCGACCGGCGAGGAUCCCACGACGCGGGGACGUGGACGUCAAAGAGCAGCGAUUGCAUCAAGAGGUCUCACUCACCUUCCAGAAGCUUCUUGAUGCAAUGAACCGGCUGAGGAGUCUGCUCUCAGUCUGCCUGCUGGCUUCAGGAUGGUGGUCACCCACACCUGGCGCUGCUCAUGUGUCCUCCACAGGAACAGGUGCGACCCAAAAGGUUCCGGCUCAACCGCUCGACAUGUCAACAACAGGCCAGCUUCUGGAGGUAAAGCGGACUUUCUUUCAAGCUGACGUGUUCCUCAGGGUCAACCUGACACUGCUCCUGAAGGACAACCACACAGACCCUCAGCCCACCAUAGAGGACUGGUUGAAGGAACUCCUGGAGGUGAACAGCACCAUGCUGGUGUGGAAUGUGGUCCUGGUGCAGGACCACCACUGGAGAAGAUACUUGUGUAACUUCCAUGUUCAAGACUACGGCACAAAGACUGUGGAACAAAUCCAAAUGUUCAUCAAUCACACGCUGAUGUCAGCACAUGGAAAUGACUCCCUUGUCAUCCAAACCACCCAUUUCAGCAGCAAGCAAAUUAUGCCACAGAAUUGUGUGGAGGAAACGAUGUCAACCAUCUACGGAGAAUACGUCUGGCCUGAAACCUUCCCUCAAGUCAACCAAGUCAUGGGAUGCACGGAGCCAACUUCCGAGAAAGCCUUCCGCCUUUGUAAAUUACACAUUGAAACGGACAAGACCAGCUGGUGUGAACCAGAUAUGACAAAGUGCAGCCCACUUGUGACGAUACCUGACCUGGAAAACAUCACUGUCACCACAGAUAACGUGGAUGAAGUCGCAGGCAUCAUUCAGGAUCUGGUAAGUUCCCAGCUUAGCAACGCGACGCAGAUUCCAUCUGGCGAGCUGAACACGCUGGUGGAGAAACUCAACCAGGUGGUGGAGUUAGGUGGUGCCCAGCCGGCACUCAGCAGCAAAGUUUUACACGUCUUCUCCGACAUCUUGAUUUCUGAGACGGAUGUUGCUCCAGUGGCUGGCAGCGUCCUCUCCAUGACGGACAGGAUGGGAAACACCAUGGAUUUCCCAGGAGAGUCACUGAGUUUGACCGCUCCUUCAUUGGCUCUGGCCAUGAUCGACGUGCUCCCCCAUGGCUUUGGCGGCUUAACAUUCGGAGCGUCCUCUACUACGUCAUUCCAAGAACCAAAUGUGUUUGUCAACCGCAGUUUUGAGGGUCAACCAAUCUCAGGUGCAAAUGUGACCAUCUCUCUGCCCUCUGCUCUUCACAACUUCCUUCCACCUGGAGCCAGAAAUACAACCCGGGUCCAGUUCCAGUUCUACGGAACGCAAGACCUCUUCCAGUCAGCUUGUCCACAUUUCCAACAAGACCCGCCAACAACCAACACGUCGACACCCUGCGACUUGUCCUUGAACUCCUACAUCGUGUCCGCCAGCAUCAACGGCAGCCACGUUAACAACCUGGACCAUGGCGACAGGGUGGUGGUCACGCUGCGCCAUCGACAGGACAAACGGCCGGACGACAAGGUGAAGUGUGUGUUUUGGGAUUUCCAGGACAACGGAGGCCAGGGUGGAUGGAGCAGCAUGGGUUGUGAAACACGGAGUAUUUCUCCUUCUCAGACCAGCUGUCUUUGUGAACACCUCACACACUUCGCUGGUAUUUCUCCUUCUCAGACCAGCUGUCUUUGUGAACACCUCACACACUUCGCUGUGCUCCUGGACAUCUCCAGAGAAGCGAUCAGUGAAACCGACAACAACCUUUUAACUGUCCUCUCCUACAUGGGUUGUGGUUUAUCUUCCAUCUUUCUGGGCAUCACACUCCUUACUUACCUCGCUUUUGAGAAGCUGCGUCGAGACUCCCCUUCUAAAAUCCUCCUCAACCUGUCGGCCGCCCUGCUGGGUCUGAGUCUGAUCUUCCUGCUGGACUCGUGGCUGUCGUCCUUCUCCAACUACUUCCUGUGCAUGGCGACGGCCGCCACGCUGCACUACUUCCUGUUGGCCUCCUUCGCCUGGAUGGGCCUGGAGGCCGUGCACAUGUACUUCUCCCUGGUCAAGGUCUUCAACACCUACGUGUCCGCCUACAUCCUCAAGUUGUGCGCUGUGGGCUGGGGUGUGCCCCUGCUGGUGGUCUGCCUGGUGCUGGCCGUAGACAAAGAUGCUUACGGCGGCGCACCAUCCUCCCCGUCUGCAGCCUUGCUUCGCUCCACUCAGUCCUUCUGCUGGAUUCAGAAGGACGUCUUCUUCUACGUGACGGUGGUGGCUUUGGUGCUCCUGGUCCUCUUGUGCAACACCUGCGUGUUCCUGGUGGUCCUGGUCCAGAUCCGCCGCAUGGGCGCCAACAAGCCGAGGGCCCACAGCCGCCGCGGCGUGCAGGACUUGAAGGCGGCGGCCUGUCUCACCGUGCUGCUGGGUCUCACCUGGCUGCUGGGCUUCUUCUCCUUUGGACCCGGCAGAGUGGUGAUGAUGUACCUGUUCACCAUCUGCAACACCUUGCAAGGCUUCCUGGUCUUCGUCUUCCACUGCCUCAUGAAGGAAAACGUGCGCCAACAAUGGCGAAUCCACCUGUGCUGUGGACCUUUAAGACUCGGUCAGGUGUCAGACUGGAGCCGCUCCACGCCGGCCAGUGGUGGCAAAAACCAGGUCCUGACCUCGGAUUCUGUCCACACCUCCUCCCUGGGGGGCAUCUCUCACUCCAACAACCACAGGGCGGCCUGAUGAAUGGACCUGAGCGAGCACAUUCUACCAACACGUAGUAAAUAGUCCUCAAGUAGUGAGUGUGUCCAAAUGGAAAAUGUCUUUAUAAGUUCAUUAUGUCUCCAAACUGUGAAGUAUUGAACAUGUCCUGUGUCGUGUGUCUUCUUACUCUUUCAUCUGAAAUAUUCAAAUAAAAGGUGAAUAAUGUCAUGA